AUGUCGAAGGCUUCAGGCUUCAGCCAGCUCAAAGGACUCGAUGAACGCCUUCAAGGUCUCACCGACCGCCACGACAUCUACCCCACAAUCGACCCUCAAUCCGCCUUCACCACUAAAUCCUUCGCUGACAAAGUCGUCCUCAUCACCGGAGCCUCCCGCGGCUUAGGCCCCGUCAUCGCAUCCUUCUAUGCCCGCGCGGGGGCGAAGCUCGCGCUUGUCGCACGCACCGCGUCUACACUUGACUCUGUGAGACAGAAGAUCCAGGAGGAGGUGCCAGGUGCUGAGGUGUUGACGUUCGCAGCGGAUGUGAAGGAUACGGAUGCUGCUGCGAAGGCCGUGCAGGAUAUGGUUGAGAAGUUUGGGAGGAUCGAUGUUGUGGUGGCUAAUGCAGGCACGACGCUUCCGGCAGAUGGAACUCCUGUUGGAGAGCGCGCCAUCAGUCAGUGGUGGAACACCCAAGAGGUUAACCUGCUGGGCACCCUCAACUUCGUCAGUCCUGCGCUCAAGCAUCUAGCAAAGACGAACGGAUAUGUGAUUGCCAUCAGCUCUAUCGGUGCACAACUGCGUAACUUCGGUGCCUCUGACUACGGUGUGAGCAAGUUUGCGCUGAACCGUCUGAUUGAGUUCAUCGCUCUCGAGUACUCGAACGUAACAGCUAUUGCACUACAUCCAGGCGCAGUCUGGACUGAUAUGGCUAAGAAUUCGGGGCUGCCAACUGAGAUCUUCAUCGACACUCCUCAACUUCCCACCGCCACGAUCCUGGCGCUGACAUCGGGCAAGUACGAUUGGCUGAGCGGACGCUUCGUCGAUUCGACUGUUGAUCUCGGGGACGUUGAGAAGUUGAAGGAGCAGAUACUUGAGAAGGACGCGUUGGUGGCUAAACUCGUCUUGCCAUAG